AUGCAACUAAUCUAUUAUGCAGUACUAUUGGUUUGUAGGAUCUGGCUGUUUGGGCGCGCCGAUCGGGAUAUCGUUGAGCGCGUCGCUCAAUGGCGACACAAAGUUGCCAAAGUCGUCCUCGUCCUCGUCGUUGUACGAGGUGAGUGUCUGGGCGCGCGAGUUUCUGGUGGUGAUGGAGCUCUGGUCGGACGACGCGACGGUUUUUGUAGCGUCGUCCAUGCGCUUGCGCACCUCGUUGGCCACGCGGCGGCCGUCGGCGAGGAAGUCUGUGAACAUGCCGCGCAGGUUGUUCACCACGCCGGGGUUCUCGCUCACUUUGUCGUUAACAUGGAACGAUUUCCAGAAAUCGUUGUGGAAAAACGACUCGUACGUUUCGUCGGCAAGAAUGAUCAUCCGGAACGUGGACGCGGUGAUGAAGGUGGGCGUGGCCGGGUUGAGCGCCUUGUUGUGUUUCAGCUUCUCGGUGGUGUCGUCGUCCAGGUCGAUCAGCGACGCCUGUGGGUCCGGCUCCUCCUGGGCGUACUGGAAAGCCAGCUUGAGGAAGUUCGAGCUCGACGCCAAGUACCGCUCGCUCUGCUUGUUGCGCCACUUCUCGUCGUUGAACCGCACCUCCUGCGGCAGCUUGAUCUUGUCGUCGUCGGUGGAGAUGCCCUGUUCCUGCAGAAUGCGCUUGCGCUCGAUGAUCUUCUUGGCGAUCUCCGUCUCAAUCGCCUUGUUGGUCAUGUCGUCGAACAGAUACCCGUCGCGCCACGGGCUGGUGAUGUAGAUGAGGUCCUCGGCCAGCUCCAGCACGGUCUCGUUGUCGAUUUUGCCCGAGCCGUUGUCGUACAGCGCAAUGAAGUUCGACAGCGAGUUCAUGAUGUCUCUGUCGAUGAGCCGGUUGAUCCCCAGCACAAGCGUCUCCAGAUUCAGCGUGUCCUCGCCCUUGGCCCAGUUGUCAAACAGCCGGCGCAGGAACCCGUUGUGGCCAGUGUCUGUGUCGAGCUGGGCCCAGUCCACCAGCUGAGCCAUGAACUUGCCAAACGAGGCAAAGUCCAUCGUCAGGUUCGCGCGGCCAAUUGCAGACCCGCUAUCCGCAAUCAGCACGUUGUAGUAACGAUCGUAAAUGUUGGACAGCUGGUCUUGGCUCAGGUUGGGCGUCUUGGGCAGGUUUCUCACGGCCGCCCGCUUGACAAAGAUCUCAAUCCCGUGGAACACCUCGUUCUUGUUGCGUGCACGGAACUGCGCAAUCACCUUGUCGUCGAUCACAGCAAACUCCCGGAACGCAACCUCCCACAGGUUGUCGAAUUUGGUGCGCAGUCUGUCCUGGUUGAAGAUGGACGGCUCUGUUUCGUCGAGCGAGAGGAAAAACUCCUUGAACACCGCCAGACACUCACCAUCGUCCUCGCACCGCAGCAGAGCCUCGCCGUUGACCUUCAGAAUGGCCAGCCCCACCUGGAACAGCGUCUUGGGCCCGUGCAGAAACAGCAUGUCCACCACACGGAACGCAAACACAAGCGGCAUCGUGUUGAGGAAAAACGAUAA